GCGCGACUAGUCCCCGUCGUGUGCGCGCAGCUCCAGCAGCAGCAGCAGCAGCAGCAGCGAUAGUGUAGGAGAGGAGCGGAGCGGACACUCGGUGAACACUCAGCUAGUCUCUGAGCAGCUCUGCUGGUGUGGAUGGUAUGACGGAGUAGGACGGACUUUUUCACCUGAAUAUUCUGCAGCAUGGCCGGGCAUUGCAUGAAUGCAGCAUUUGCAUCUCUAGCUAACAGGAUGGAGUGAUGAUGGGAUGGAUGUAAAUAUGGGCCAGUGGGCAGGCAUGCGAGCCCCUCUACUUGGCCUCGCCCUGCUGCUGCCAUUGCUGCUCUUCAAGCUACCACCUUGCCGCGGCCAGAACACCCAGAGGGCCCCUGAGGAUGGACUUCACUUUAGCUUCACUCAGGCUGUCUACCAUGCCAUGGUUUAUGAAAACUCAGCAGCACGCACCUAUGCCAACAGUAAAGUUAAAAUGGGUGUCCACCUGUUCCAGCACUCCUGGGAGAUCCGCUACAGAAUCACCUCAGGUGAUGAUGAAGGGUUUUUCAAGGCUGAGGAGUAUGUACUGGGUGACUUCUGCUUCUUGCGCAUAAGGACUAAAGGUGGCAAUGCAGCUAUCUUGAACCGAGAAAUUCAGGAUAAUUAUGUAUUGACGGUGAAAGCCUCUGUCAAGGGAGAGGCCCUUCUUGAGACCUGGACUAAAGUCAGCAUCCAGGUCUUGGAUAUGAAUGACCUGCGACCCUUGUUUUCACCCACUACUUACUCCGUCACCAUAGCGGAGAGCACCCCUCUCAGGACUAGCAUAGCACAAGUUACUGCCACUGAUGCAGAUAUUGGCUCCAAUGGGGAGUUUUACUAUUUUUUCAAAGAGAAAAUGGAGCUUUUUGCAGUACAUCCAACUAGUGGAGUGGUUUCCCUCAGCGGAAAGCUCAAUAUUGAUGAGCAGAACCGGUACGACUUAGAGAUCCUGGCAGUGGACCGGGGCAUGAAGCUUUAUGGAAAUAAUGGCGUCAGCAGCACAGCCAAGCUCUUUGUCCAUGUGGAGCGUGUGAAUGAGCAUGCCCCGCUCAUGAAUGUGGUCACCCACAGCCCAUCGUGGCUUGAUAAAAAUCCUGUGUAUGCCAUGGUCACUGUAGAGGACCUGGAUGAAGGCUUAAAUGGAGAAAUAGACUCAGUGGUCAUUGUGGGUGGAGACCCCUCAGAGCAGUUUUUCAUAGAAAGAUCUGAGGAAGGGGAGUUUGCCAUAAAGGCCUCUGAGUCAUUAAACUGGGAGACUCACCCUUAUGGUUGUAACCUCACAUUGCAGGCUAAAGACAGGGGCACCCCGCAGAAGUUCUCAGCCGUCAAGGUUGUCCAUAUUAUGGUCAAGAAACGGCAGACAGCAGAAGUUAAGUUUGAGCAGGAGUUGUAUGAUGUUAGUCUGAAUGAAAUUUCACCACCAGGCACGAUUGUAGAGGCCGUUAAAAUCAAGCCAGAGCCUGAUGAUGCAGAAUAUAUCCUGACACCUUUUGCAGAUUCUGCAUUUUUUCAAAUAAACACUUUAACAGGUGUAAUCUCCACCACUCGCUGGUUCACCCACGUUACCCAGGAUGUCUUUAAUCUAGAGGUAUUGGAAGUAGACAGUGAGCUCAAAGUUAAAGUGCAGGUCACUAUUCAGGAUGCAAAUGACAACACACCAACAUUUGCUCAGACCUCUUAUGAGGGUUUUGUCAAUGAGAGUGUACCAGUUGGGACUAGUGUAUUGACAGUUUCUGCAGUGGAUGGGGAUAAAGGAGAAAAUGGAUACAUAACUUACAGCAUUUCCAGCCUUCAGCCAUUACCCUUCAGAAUCAAUCAGUUUUCUGGUAUCAUCAGCACCACUAAAGAAUUGGAUUUUGAAUCCUCAUCAGAGAGCUUUGUGUUUGUUGUCAGAGCAUCUGACUGGGGGUCACCUUAUAGGCGAGAGAGUGAAGUCAAUGUAACAAUUCACCUGGAGAAUGUAAAUGAUAACCAGCCAUUGUUUGAGAAGGUAGCAUGCCAGGGGGUGAUCUCUAGGGAUUUCCCAGUGGAUGAAGUGAUUACCACAAUGUCUGCAAUUGAUAUAGAUGAGUUAGAGCUAGUAAAAUAUAAGAUCAUUUCAGGGAACGAAUGGGGAUACUUCGACCUUAACCCAGAUUCAGGGGUCCUUGCGCUGCGACGUCCCCUUGCCACAGCUAGUCCAAAGAAUGGUGUCUUUAGUCUCAAAAUUACUGCCACAGAUGGUGAGAACUUUUCUGAUCCCAUGUUUGUGAACAUCUCUGUUGUUCAUGGGAAAUCUCCUCCUAAAAGUUUCAACUGUAAAGAGACAAGGGUAGCCCAAAAGUUAGCUGAGAAGUUACUCAAAAAGUCCAAAGCUAGCACCAAGCCCAAAAUCGAGGAAGGCUUUAUUGACCUUUUCUCUGUCAAUCGACAAACACCCCAAUUUGACAAAGCUUUUCCCACAGAUAUUGCUGUGUUGGAAGACCUAAAGGUUGGUUCAACUGUUUUUAAGGUGAAUGCCUAUGAUGGCGACACAGGUUUCAAUGGACAGAUUCUAUACUCUAUUUCAGAUGGGAACACUGACAGCUGUUUUACCAUUGACAUGGAGACUGGCCUUAUCAGUGUCUUUCUGCCCAUGGACAGAGAAAAGAGAGAUCGCUAUCUCCUCAACUUAACUAUCUAUGACCUUGGCCUACCCCAGAAAACUGCUUGGCGUUUGCUUACUGUCUACAUAGAGGAUGCUAAUGAUAAUUCACCCCAGUUUUUGCAAGAAGGAGGCUAUAAAAUUGUCAUACCGGAAAACACUGCCAUAGGUACAGAUGUCAUCCAGGUUGAAGCCACUGACAAAGACCUUGGACUGAAUGGAGAGAUUGUUUACUCUGUUUUGACCAGCACCACCCAGUUUGGUAUUAACUCCACUAAUGGCAUAGUAUAUGUUGCUGGCCAACUCGACAGGGAGUUUGUCUCUACUUUUAACCUUAAGAUUGAGGCUCGAGACAAGGCAGAGAAAGGGAGACAGAGAUUUUCUGUGACCUCUUUAAAAAUCAUAUUGGAUGAUGUGAAUGACUGUCCCCCGCUAUUUAUCCCUAAUGUGUACAAAGCCAGGGCUUUGGAAGAUCUCCCAGUUGGAACUGUUGUGGCUUGGUUAGAAACCCAGGACCCAGAUUUGGGGUUGGGAGGCCAGGUCCGCUACUCUUUAGCCAAUGACUAUAAUGGAUGGUUUGAGGUAGACAGGACCAGCGGGGCUAUUCGGCUGACAAAGGAGCUGGACUAUGAGACACAGCAGUUCUACAACCUCACUGUGAGGGCCAAAGACAAAGGCAGGCCCGUUUCUCUUCUCUCUGUCACCUUUGUGGAGGUGGAGGUGGUAGAUGUGAACGAAAACCUCUAUGCUCCAUACUUUUCCCACUUCGCUUUGACAGGAUUAGUUAAAGAGAAUGCCCGGAUUGGAACUACCCUACUCCAAGUCAAUGCUAACGAUGAGGACAAUGGCAGAGAUGGAGAAAUCCAAUACUCUAUUCGUGAUGGGAGUGGGCUUGGACGAUUCGCCAUUGAUGAAGAGACAGGGGUGAUCUACACCACAGACAUGUUGGACCGUGAGACCAAGGAUUCCUAUUGGUUGACGGUGUAUGCCAGCGACCAUGGCGUGGUUCCCCAGUUUGCCACUAUCGAGGUGUUUGUCCAGGUGGAGGAUGUUAAUGACAACGCUCCGCUGACCUCGGAGCCACUGUACCGGCCCUCACUACCCGAGAACUCUCCGCGGGAUGUUUCUGUGAUCCAGAUCCAAGCCCAGGACCCUGACGCCACUCCCCCUGCUGCUACUGACAGGAUCAACUACCGCAUCAUCAGUGGGAACCCACAGAACUUCUUUACCAUCAACCCCCGAACUGGUCUGAUCACCACAACCUCCAGGAAACUGGACCGCGAACAACAAACUGAACAUGUUUUAGAGGUAUUGGUGUCAGAUGGUGGUCCUAGUCCCAGGCAGAGUACAGUGUGGGUGAUGGUCCAGGUCCUGGAUGAAAAUGACAACAAGCCCACAUUUCCAGAGAAGGUGUACCAGGUCAAAUUGCCAGAGAGGGAGCGGAGAAAGAAGGGGGAGCCCAUCUAUCGGGUGUUCGCCUACGACCGCGAUGACGGGCCCAACAGCGACCUCUCCUACAGCAUUGUGGAUGGCAACGAGGACGGGAAGUUCUUCAUCGACCCCAAGACUGCAGUGGUAUCAUCACGCAAGGCCUUCACUGCAGGGAGCUACGACAUCCUCACUAUCAAAGCAACAGACAAUGGUCGUCCUCAGAAGUCCUCCACAGCUCGCCUCCACAUCGAGUGGAUUCGUCGACCGCCUCCCUCAACUCUGCCGCUGCUGUUUGACGAACCUUUCUAUAAUUUCACUGUCAUGGAGAACGACAAGGUGGCUGAGAUCGUGGGAGUGGUCUCCAUGCAGCAGAGCUCCGCCCCCUUGUGGUUUGACAUCACAGGUGGGAACAGCGACAGUGUGUUUGACGUAGAGAAGGCUGUGGGCACCAUCAUCAUCGCCAAGCCUCUAGAUGCUGAGCAGCGCUCCUUCUACAACCUGACAGUGCAGGCCACUGACGGCACCAACACUGCAUACACACAGGUUCACAUUACUGUUAUGGACAACAAUGACAACGCUCCUAUCUUCUCCCAGCCAACCUAUGAUGUAACCAUUUCUGAGGACACACCACCUGACACAGAGGUGGUCCAGAUUAUGGCAUCAGACCGUGAUGAGCAUCACCGGCUGACCUACUCUCUGCAGAGUUCCAUAGACCCCAGCAGCAUGCGUCUGUUCCGUAUCCACCCCUCCCUGGGCACCAUCUACACCACCCAGAGGCUCGACCACGAGGCCUGCGUCCAGCACAUCCUCACUGUCAUGGUGAAGGACCAAGAGUUCCCCUACAGAAAGAACCUGGCUCGAGUGCUGGUAGAAGUGGAAGAUAUCAAUGACCACGUACCUAUCUUCACCAGUGCUCUGUAUGAAGGCUCAGUCUAUGAGUCUGCAGCAGUGGGAUCAGCUGUGGUCCAAGUCACUGCCCUUGACAAAGACAAAGGCGAGAAUGCAGAGCUACACUAUUUCAUUGAAGCAGGGAACACUGGAAAUGCAUUCCAUAUUGAGCCAGUUUUGGGUAUCAUAACUGUUGCACGUGACCUAGACUUGUCCAGCAUAGGCCAUUAUGUACUCACUGUCAGAGUCACAGACAAUGGCUCCCCUCUCCUGUCCACCACUACCAUAGUGCGUAUUGCUGUCACCCUCUCUGACAAUGCCGCCCCAAAGUUCCCCCAGCCUGAGUACCAAGCUGACAUAACAGAGAAUGUGGUGGUUGGGACCUCUGUCACAACAGUCAGUGCAGUCAGCCAGUCCACCCUCACUUAUGAUAUUAAGCAGGGCAACACUGACCGUGUUUUCCAGAUAAAUCAGUACAGCGGAGUGAUUACAACUCAAAAGCCUCUAGACUACGAGACUACACCAUCUUACACCCUGAUAGUCCAGGCUACCAACAUGGCUGGCAUGGCAUCCAAUGCUACCCUUAUGAUCCAGGUAACAGAUGAAAAUGACAACCCACCAGUGUUUCAGCAGCUUCACUAUCGUGGCAGCAUCAGUGAGGCUGCACCAGUCAACAGUGUGGUCUUAAACUCAGAUGACUCACCUCUAGUAAUCAAGGCCACUGAUGCUGACCGCAACCAAAAUGCUCUGUUAGUAUACCAGAUUGUUGAGGACACUGCAAAAAUGUUCUUUACAGUGGACUCAGGUACUGGUUCCAUCAGAACCAUUGCUAAUCUAGACCAUGAGACAUUUGCCACCUUUCACUUCCAUGUUCAUGUGAGGGACAAUGGCAGGCCACAGUUGACAGCAGACAGUCCAACUGAGGUCACAAUUCAAGUCACUGACACAAAUGAUUCACCACCUCACUUCACCCAGAAUGCCUAUGAAACAGUCCUGCUUCUCCCCACAUAUGUGGGAGUAGAAGCUCUGCAGGUUUCAGCCACAGACCCUGACAAAGAUGUCCCCACAGAGCUCAUCUACUCUCUAACCGAUGGGGUAUUGGAGCAUUUUGCCAUCAAACCUUCCAAUGGUAUCAUAAUUGUCAAAAACAACAACUUUUCCAAAGAACGUUUCCGUUUCAGUGUCAAAGUUUCAGAUGGGAAAUUCUCCAGCGCAGCUCUAGUGACCAUUCUUGUACGAGAGGCUCUAGACUCUGGCCUCAGCUUCACCCAUAGCCUUUACUCCUCCUCUAUUCAAGAGAAUGUAUCAAAUAUCACCAAAGUGGCUGUGGUCAAUGCUGUGGGAAACCGUCUUAAUGAGCCAUUGAAGUAUACCUUAUUGAAUGCUGGUACACGCUUUAGAAUGCGUCCAACUUCUGGUGUGAUCCAAACCACCGGUAUACCCUUUGAUCGUGAGGAGCAGGAGUUCUAUGAGCUGGUUGUCGAGGCAAGAAGGGAGCAUGAUCGUCUGCAUGUUGCCAGAGUUAUGGUGAGAGUCCAGGUGGAGGACAUCAAUGAUAAUGCCCCUGUGUUUGUUGGACUGCCUUAUUAUGCAGCUGUUCAAGUAGAAGCUGAGCCAGGGUCACCCAUUUUCAGGGUCAUGGCAGUAGAUGGUGACAAAGGGAUUAAUGGAGAGGUGUCUUAUUAUUUCAAGGAUGACCAUGGUCACUUUGAGAUCAACCGUCAAACAGGCAGUCUCAGCCUCAAGAGGGCCUUUGAGUCUGACUUGUCCAAUGUUGAAUACCAGAUGGUGAUAUAUGCCAGAGAUGGUGGUUUUCCACCUCUCUCCUCUACUAUUGAGUUCCCCAUCACAGUAGUCAACAAAGCCAUGCCUGUCUUUGACAAAUCAUUUUAUUCUGUUACUGUAAAUGAGGAUGUGGCUGUGCACACACCUAUCCUCGGUAUCAAUGCAACUAGUCCAGAAGGUCAGAACAUCAUCUACACUAUUGUUGAUGGAGAUCUGUCUCUUCAGUUUGACAUUGGUUUUGAUACAGGAGUCAUAAGUGUCAUCCAUUCUUUGGACUAUGAAGUAGCAUCGUCUUACCACCUGACCAUCAGAGCAACAGACUAUUUGACCAGUGCCCGUGCUGAGGUUGAUGUAGAUGUGUUUGUUCAGGAUGUAAAUGACAACCAACCUAUCUUCCAGAAAAUGUCCUACAGGGUAGUUUUGUCUGAAACAGCCAUGAUUGGAACUCCAGCUCUUCAGGUUAUUGCCACUGACAAAGACUCAGAGAAGAACAAUGUUGUCCGUUACCAGAUCUUCUCAGAUGCUCAUAACAACACAGACCACUUUCACAUUGAUAGUAGCAGUGGACUAAUCCUGACUGCGCGUAUGCUAGACCAUGAACUAGUCUCGAAGUAUGACUUCACUGUCAGGGCCACUGAUAAUGGAUUCCCACCACUGAGUAGUGAAGUUUCAGUCAUAGUUGUGGUGAAUGACAUGAAUGACAAUCCUCCAGUUUUCAACCAGCUGCUCUAUGAAGCAUAUGUAAAUGAGUUAGCACCAAGGGGUCACUUUGUAACCUGUGUCCAAGCCUUGGAUGCUGAUAGCUCGGAUUUUGAAAAGCUGGAAUACAGCAUUUUGUCAGGGAAUGAAAGGAUGAACUUUGUGAUGGACAAGAAGACAGGAAUCAUCACAUUGUCCAGCCACCGUAAACAAAGGAUGGAACCCGUCUACAGCCUUAAUGUGUCAGUGUCUGAUGGGGUCUUCACCAGCACUGCACAGGUUCAUGUUAAGGUGUUGGGGGCCAACCUUUAUAGUCCAGUGUUUGGGCAGAAUAUAUAUGAGGCAGAGCUGAGAGAGAAUGCUGCUGUGGGAACCAAAGUUAUACAGGUGAAGGCAACUGAUGCAGACCCUGGAGUGUUCGGUCACAUUACUUAUUCCUUUGUUAAUGAUGUGGGCAAGGACCAGUUCAGCAUUGAUGCAAGUGGUCAAAUCAUCACGAUAGAAAAGCUGGAUCGUGAGGACCCCACCAAUAAGGACAUAGUUCUUACAGUGGCAGCCCAGGACUCAGGUGGACGUGUCUCUUACUGUACAGUACAAGUUACUCUUUUGGAUGAUAAUGAUAAUGUACCACGUUUCCAUGCCACAGAAUACAGAGCUUCAGUCAAAUCUGAUGUGGCUAAAGGUUUUUUGGUGACACAGAUUCAGGCUUAUGAUCCUGAUGAUGGCACUAAUGCCAAAGUGACAUAUUCACUCUACAGUGAGGCACACAUCCCUGUGGUAGACAUUUUGGAGAUAGACCCUGACAAUGGCUGGAUGGUGACUAAAGGCAGCUUCAGCCACUUGAGGAACACAGUAUUAUCUUUUUUUGUGAAAGCUGUUGAUGGAGGCAAUCCAGUUCGCCACUCUCUAGUGUCUGUCUACAUCCAUGUUCUUUCUCCAGAUGCCUUCAUUCCUUCUUUCAGCCAACAUCACUACUUAUUUAGUAUGCAAGAGGACACCCCCCUAGGUUCAGCCAUAGGGACAGUACGCCUCAACACUCCUCCUGGAUUUGUCUCGCUCUCUGCUACCUUUGCCCUGGUUAAUGGAGAGACUGGAGGAAACAACCAAGACACGGUGUUUGUGAUAGAAAAAGAUACAGGUGUGAUCAAACUUGAUAAGCCUUUGGACCAUGAGGUUAUCAAAGGAUACCACUUCAAAGUCACUGCCACUGUACAACAGGCUAAACUGGAUUCUGUGACUUCUGUUGAUGUUGAGGUCAAAGUAUUGGAUCUAAAUGACAACAAACCAGCCUUUGAGGCCAACUCCUAUGAAGCCAUAGUUAUGGAGGGAAUGUCAAUUGGAACCAGAAUCAUUCAAAUCCAAGCACUAGACCCAGACUCAGGGGCCAAUGGCCAGGUAACAUAUAGUCUUGGGGCAUUAAUCCAGUUAGAAGGGGAUUCAGACACUCUGGUUGGCACCUUCAGCAUUGAUAGCAACACAGGUUGGAUCUCCACCCGCAAGGACCUGGACCAUGAAUCCAAUCCAUCCUACACAUUCACAGUGGUAGCAUCAGACCUUGGUGAGACCUUUUCUCUUUCCAGUACCACCACUGUGACAGUGGCAGUGUCAGACAUCAAUGAUAACCCACCCAGGUUCCUGGAGCAACACUACUUUGGUUCAGUUCAGGAGAGUGACCCACCAGGCGAGGUGGUGGCUGUGCUGAACACCAGAGAUGAUGACAGCUCUGCUGUUAACCGACAAGUCAGCUACCACAUCACUGGUGGGAACUAUCGUGGUGUGUUCGCUCUGGGUCUGGUUCAAGGUGAAUGGAAGAUGUAUGUGAAAGGGCCGCUGGACAGAGAGGAACGCAAUCUCUACAUCAUCAAUGUCACCGCAAGCGAUGGACUCUUUGUUUCCCGGGCAACAGUGGAGGUGACAGUUAUGGACACCAAUGACAACAGCCCCAUCUGUGACCAGGCUGUAUAUACUGCCUUCAUUCCAGAGGACCUCCCAGUCAACAGUGUACUACUAAGGGUUGGAGCUACAGAUGCAGAUGUGGGAGUCAGUGCCUGGAUCCAAUACUCUUUACAUGGUCCUGGAUCCCAGGACUUCAGUAUCGAUGCAGACACCGGUGAGGUUAAGUCAUCUGUGACUCUGGACCGGGAGAUGACACCCAACUACCGUCUAGUUGCCCAGGCAACUGAUGGUGGUGGGAGAUGGUGCCGUGCUGAGGUGACGCUGGCAGUGACUGAUGUGAACGACAACCCUCCCAUCUUCACGCUGUCACAGUACACCGCCAGUGUCUAUGAGGACACUGCCACCAAAGCCCUGCUCACCCGCAUCCAGGCCAUAGACCCCGAUGAAGCUGGUCCGGGCCGUAUAGUGGUCUACUCCCUGGCAGACUCUGCUGGAGGUUCCUUCUCCAUCGACAAAUCCUCAGGCAUUGUGGUCCUGGAACGCAUCCUUGACCGCGAGGUCCAGCCGGCUUAUCAGAUAACAGUCCGUGCGUCUGACCAGGGUUCACCAUUGCCCCUCUCCUCAUUGGUCAAUGUCACGAUCACUGUACUAGACAUCAAUGACAACCCACCGGUGUUCGAGCGCCGUGAUCAGCUGGCGACAGUGCCUGAGGAUGUGGGAGUAGGCACUGAGGUUCUCAGAGUUUACGCUGCCAGCAAGGACAUAGGGACCAAUGCUGAGAUUACCUACAGUAUUCGAUCAGGCAACGAGCACGGGAAGUUCCAUAUCCACCCACUGACUGGUGCCAUUUUAGUUGCCCAGUCUCUAGACUAUGAGACCUGCAAGGACUACUUCCUGACAGUUGAGGCUUGUGAUGGCGGCACACCACCACUGAGUGCCAUUACUACAGUGAACAUAAACCUGACAGAUGUCAAUGACAAUGCACCCAUGUUCAGCCGCGACCUCUACACUGCAGUGGUGUCAGAGGAUGCCACCAUUGGAGAGUCUGUAGUACAGUUGGUAGCAGAGGACGUGGACAGUCAGCUGAAUGGAGCCAUCCUCUACUCCAUCGUCAGUGGAGACCGAGACAACCAGUUCUUCAUUGACCCACUCAAUGGGGUCAUCAAGGUCAACAAGCAACUGGACCGUGAGACAGUUCCGAGCUACUCACUGGCCAUCAGAGCUCUGGAUAGUGGAAUCCCACCCAUGUCCUCCACCGUGAUGGUCAACAUAGACAUCUCUGACAUCAACGACAACCCGCCCACCUUCUCCCCAGCCAAUCUCACCACUGUCAUACAGGAAAACAAGCCAAUUGGCACCAACAUCCUACAGUUGUCCAUCAUGGACCAGGACUCCUCCCAUAAUGGCCCACCCUUUGACUUCCGCAUUCUGUCUGGAAAUGAAGGAGGAGAGUUUGUGCUGGAGAAAGAUGGAACACUGGUGGCCAAUCAGGUGUUCAGGAGGGACCUGGCAACUGAAUAUGUUAUUCAGAUACAGGUGACAGACUCUGGGAAGCCACGUCUGUCCUCUGCUUCCAUGCUGACAGUCAGGGUGAUUGAGGAGAGCCUGCACCGGCCAGUGGCUCUGCCACUAGAGGUGCAUAUUGUCACCAUGGAGGACGAGUUUCCUGGUGGUGUGAUUGGCCAGUUGCAUGCCACUGAUGCCGACCCAUAUGAUGCGUUGACCUUUGGCCAUGCCCCCCCAGCCCAACGCAGUCUCUUUAAGAUCAGUCCUCGUGAUGGAAAGAUCAUUGCUCUUGGAGGGUUGGAUGCAGGUAGAUACUCCCUCAAUGCCAGCGUUAGUGAUGGCCGCUUUUCCGUGCCUGUGCCCGUGAGCGUGCACGUGGAGCAGGCGACCCCAGAGAUGCUGCGUGAGGCAGUGACAGUUCGCUUUGAGAGCGUGGUGCCACAAGACUUUGUAGCGUUGCACUUGAAGAGCGUGUUGAAGGUGCUGCAACAGGCCGCCGCUUCACAGCAGCAGGACACACUACACCUUCUCAGUCUGCAACCAGUCGGUGGGACACAACAGCUAGACAUGCUCGUCGCUGUGGAAACAGCUGGGGGCGGGUACUACAAGGCGGCCUACCUUACCCAGAAACUCAGCGCGUCGCGGCGGCGGCUGGAGGAGGUCCUCAGAGUGUCAGCUAUUCUGGAUAAGAAUUGCUCAGGGCUGGAGUGUCGCGGGGCGCAGUGUGAGCAGAGCAUCAUCCUGGACUCACAUAACCUGGCAACAUACAGCACACCACGGGUCAGCUUCGUCUCACCACGUUUCCACCGAACCUCACGCUGCACAUGCACUGAUGCUAGCUGUGCUGUCCUGUCAGAACAGUGUGAAGACCAGCCAUGCCCAGCAGACAUGCAGUGUGUUUCAGUCGAGGCCACCAGAGGGCGCUAUGCGUGCCAGUGUCCGCCUGGCAAACUGGGAGAGUGUGCAGGCCAUUCAUCUUUGAGUUUCUCAGGUAACAGCUACAUUAAGUACCAGUUGUCUGACCAGCUGCAGACGGAGCUGAAGCUAAGCCUAAGGAUCAGAACGCUGCAGAGCCGAGGAAUCAUCAUGUACACACACACUGAUCCCUGCACCGUGCUCAAGUUGGAGGAGGGGAAGCUAUGGUUCCAGCUGGCCUGUGGACUUGGCGGCAAUGGGGGAGGUGGUGACAGUCCCGAUAUGUUGGGUAUCUCUGGCCGUCGUAUCAAUGACGGCAGCUGGCACACAGUGGCGUUGGAGCUGAAUCGCAACUUCAGCAGCCUGGCACUGGAUGACAGCUAUGUGGAGCGACGGCGUGGACCCCCCUUCAUACAGGCUCUUGCUCCGGAUAGAACCAUCUACUUUGGGGCGCUGGUGCAGCAUCCCAACUCACACAGUCUCAUGGACUCCCAGAAGGACCCACAGGUGCUUGAGGGAUUUCAGGGCUGCCUGGACUCGGUUAUGUUGAACAACAACGAGUUGCCGCUACAGAACAAGCGCUCACGAUAUGCUGAGGUGGUAGGACUGACAGAGCUGAAGCUGGGGUGCAUCCUGUACCCCGAUGCUUGCCUGCAGCAGCCUUGCCACAAUGGAGCCACCUGCACCAGCCUGCCCUCUGGUGGAUUCUCCUGCAGCUGUAACCCCCAGUACACCGGCGGGCGCUGUGAGAUGGAGAUAACAGCAUGUGUCCCCAACCCGUGUCAGAACAGCGGUGUGUGUAAGGCCAUAGGCAACGCCUUCCUCUGCAGCUGCAGGAGAGGCUUCAAGGGUCUGACCUGUGAGGAGGAUGUGAAUGAAUGUGACCGCAGCAACCCAGAGGGCGAGUGUGAGAACGGUGGCAUCUGUAUCAACACUCAUGGCUCCUUCUACUGUAACUGCACGGCAGGCUUUGUGGGCCAGCGCUGCAGCCUGCGACCUGUCGUUGUUCCCGACAUGCAGGCGGGUCAUGCUGUGGUCGGUAAGGAGGAGUUGAUCGGCAUCGCUGUGGUGCUUUUUGUCAUCAUCACCCUCAUCAUCCUCUUCAUCGCUUUCCGCAAGAAGGUCUUUCAGAAGAACUACUCGCGGAACAAUCUGUCUCUGGUCCAGGAUCCAGCGACAGCAGCCCUCCUCAACAAGGCCAAUGGUGUUCAGUUUAAGACCCUGCACUGCACACCUGGAGAUCCUCUGAACCUGUACUCAGAGCCGGGGCUGGGGCCCACCAUGGUGGGAGGAGGUGGGAUGAUGGGACCUCCGCAGGUGCCUGUGAGACCCAUGGCAUACACACCCUGUUUCCAAGGAGACCCACGGUCCACACUGGAGAAGAUGGUGGAUGGGCGUACUGUGGAGCAUACAGAGAUGAGUACCUUUCAUCCAGAGUCACCAAGGAUCCUGUCAGGGACCACCAGGAGAGGCGUGGUGGUGUGCAGCGUGGCCCCCAAUCUGCCCCCAGUAUCACCAUGUCGCUCAGACUGUGACUCCAUUCGCAAAAGCCCAUGGGACAGUGAUGAUGGCAAGAUGGUUGACAUGGCAGAAGAAGUAACAUGUUUCUCAGGUAGCAACAAAGGAAGUAACUCAGAGGUCCAGUCACUAAGCUCCUUCCAGUCUGACUCCUGUGAUGACAAUGCCUCCAUAGUGACCGUCAUUCGACUGGUCAAUGAUGCAGUCGACACAAUCGAAAGUGAAGUGUCAGUCAUGGACCAAAGUCAAACCUACAAUAGAGCAUAUCACUGGGACACAUCAGACUGGAUGCCGAGCACCAGGCUCUCAGACAUUGAGGAGGUGCCAGGCUAUGAGGCAGGUCCUGGAAGCGAUGUAGCAGGCUCAGCCCCUCGCCUUGGAGGAAGCACCCGUGAACUGGAGUCAGACUACUACCUGGGGGGCUAUGACAUCGACAGUGACUACCCCCCUCCCCAUGAAGAAGAGUUCUUGAGCCAAGACCAGUUGCCUCCUCCAUUGCCCACCGGUGAGGACUAUCCAGAGCCCUACACGCCGCUACCUGCCAACCCGCCGGUUUCUAAGGAGAGCACCCUGAGCUCUGGCAGUAGCGGGCGUCAGCAUGCCAGGCCACACUUCCAUCCCAGCCAGUACCUGCCUCCCCACCAGCUGCCCCUUGGGGAGGUGCCGCACGGGGACUUCAGCACUUCAACGAGUGGGGUGACCCCAGGAAAUGGGGACACUGAGGACUCUGUGUCACUAAAUAUGCGACUCUCUGUUGGCGCAUCAUCAGCCUCGGACGUGUCAGCUCCCUGUGGGCUGGAUGAUUCUGAACAUGGCAGUGACUUUGACAGUAUGGACGAGCUUCGUCGAGGAGUGACCAUCAUCACUGAUUCACAGCAACAGACAGAGGUGUGAUUGACUCACCAGUAUAGGGAUGCUAUGGGGGUAUAAUGGGCCAGAAGGAGCAUAACAUUGUUCGGGUGGAUGCACAGACGUUAUCACAGCAAUUCUAGUUACUGCUACAACCAUAGACUCUUACAAUUACCUUAAAACCCACAAUCUUAAAACUACAUUUCACUUGUUUUAAGCACUAUCCUCCAAUGCAACUUUGUCCAAAAAUGGGAGUGUUCAUUUCUACAACAAACUCAGUGUGUUGUCAGUCCUGUCCUUGCUGUGCAGAACAGUCAGAAGUGUCCUUCCUGUUUCAAUAGGGAGUCAUUUGUAAUGUGAAACAAAUUGGAGAGAGAAUGUGAAUGAGAAAGACUAAUCCAUUAGAGAUUAAAAUUUACAGAUGUGGUGGAGAAAAAAAUAAAAAAGAGAAGGGACAAUCAUGUAAGUGAAAGGGUUGUUUGGUUCCCCACUCCUUCACAGAGGCCCAUUGGACCACUUGUUUCUAAAAAGACACAAGUCUCCAUUUUCCUUUUUUUCCUCCUUGGAUUUGUACACUUUGUAGUACUCUGAGCUUGUACAGACUUUGUAAAAAAAAAAAGUAUGACCUUACUGGUGAAAAGGUAUGAAACAAUGUUCUGGCCACAUUUCAAAAAGCCAUUUAUUUGAUUUAAUGUGGAAUGUGCUUGCCCCUUUCCCAAAAAAAUCAAGCCAUGACAUUACAGCCAGUCCCUCUCAUUAGCCCAAAAUGUUCAAUUUGUCACUGAUUUUCCAGCUUUCUUUUUUGUAUCAAGUAUUGUACAGAAGCCAAGAGCUGCUGUAGUUGCUAAGUAAUGCCUGUUAUCUCAUGAUCAAAACUUUAUCUUAUCUCCAUAUAAGAAACUGUACUUAGAUUUACCUUUUAAAGACUAUUAUCCAAGGACAAAUAUUUCAUUCUAACAUUACGCCCCAAUUGUUUUACGGUGAUGAGGACAUUUUUCAUUGUGUCAGGAUAAGAAGUGUCGGCCCUUCAUUGCCUAACCAAGACUAUUUCAGACUGGUGGUGAAAAGUAAGUACAUUUUCUCAAAUACUGUACUGUGUUUUCAUCAUAUGGAGCUUUUUACUGUUUACUAGACUUCAGAAGGAAAUGUUGUACCUUGUAGUCCACUACAUUAUUUGACAGCUUUAGUUACUUGUUACUUUGCAGAUUAACAGUUUAUAUAGAAAACAUAAAUUCAGCUUGUCAGAAAAGGCUCUGCUCUUUGUGGGAGCUCACAAAGGAUAAGAGCAGAAACAACUACUCCACCCAUACAUGAAUAUUUAAUCUUAGUUAAAAUCAAUACUAAAAAAAUGCACACGAGGAGAAGUUUAAGGUUAUAAUGGCCUAUAUUAUGAAUUUGAGCUGGUAGCCACACAGUUGGUGAAUGAACCAGUAAUUGUGAAGCAGCUCAUGCCAAUCAGCUAAUGCGGUACUUAAGAAAUAACUCAUCCACCACUGGAUAGUCUUGGAAAUAAAUAUGAGUGCCACAAAAAUAUAGUUUGUUAUGUUGUAAUGAUGAUUAAGACGUUAUCAUGAAAAAAUAUUCUUCCAUUAGAUAACAAGAUAGUUCAAAUGUAAUGUUAAAAUAGAAAGCUUGGAAAUGUAUAUCAGCAACCACAGCCACUCUCAGCUUCAGUCGUUCUAUUUUGUGGAAUUGUUUAAUUAAUGUUGCACUUGUGAUUUGAUGUUGGCUUGACAUGAUGUCUUUGAUGAGAUUUACGGAUAUUCAGAAAUCCUACAGGCCUUGGUGGCAAUAUGUCAUUGUAAUUGUUCAUUCUUCUUAUGGUGAGAAGGUGCAAAGGACACAUGGCAACUGUAGAGCUGAAGACUUUUGGCAAAAAUAAUUGACAAGCACCAGCUGCAUUCUGCUGUGAGCCUGAAUUGAUGUCCAUCUCAUAUCUGGUUUGAUCUAUUUAAUGUUGUCACACCUAAAUCCCAAACAGCCAUGCAAAGCACAUUUUAGCGACAUUCACCUUCACUAUGUCUGCAGAAAGAAGUCAAACCCUUAUCCAGGUCACUAAUGGCUUAGUUUCCAUCUGGACUCUAGGACAGAUAGCACAUCCGACUGCUUCAGAUCAUCACUGUAUGUACCAUAAUCUGCCUGAUCCACUCGGGCAUGCAGCUCCUUUUUUCUUUGUAAAAGAUGUAUGUUUGUGUUUAAAUCUCUGUACAGUGUACAUAGCUAGGUUGUUAAAAUGCAGAUUUUGUAGAUACAGAAUUGCAAUCCUGAACUGCCUCUGAGUUUUUUGUUGGACUGUUUGAUGUGAAUGUGGACAAUAAGAGUCAGGUGGAAUAUCAAUUAUUUUCACAUCAUUUCUCCUCUGCCACUGACUCUUUGCUCAAAGUUGUUUUUACUCUUUUUAGCAUUGCUUUUUAAUUCCACAUGAAUGCCAUUUCAAUAUUAUAGAUGAAUUUUGCACAGUAUUAAAUGCAGACAUUACAUCCCAGCAAAUGUUUUUAUUUUUUUUAAUUUUUUUGUUAAAACAUUUUUAUGGUACCGAGGGAAUCUUUUUGUAUAUUUCUGUCAUCUGGAAAGUUUUGAUGAUUUUCUAAUGUUGUUUACUGGUCUGUUUAUUUUCAGAGAAAUUAGGCAGUGUCAAAAAUAUGUCUCCUAUCUGCAGCAAUUGAGUGUACAAAGUGAUUUUUUUUUACUUUUUGUUUUUUUGUUUUUUAAAUUCAAUGCAGAAAAUAAAAAGGUCCUUGCUCA